GCUGGCGCGGCCCUCAAGCGCCCAGCAGCGGCAGCGACAGAUCCCAGUGACAGGGCCGAUGCUAAGAAGGAGAUGUGGCAGAUUGCGGCUGCCGCCGCAAAGACGACUCCAGCCACGUUCAAGGAGUCGGAGGAGGCCGCGCUUGCCAUGCGCAAGGAGGGCGAGCCCGACCAGCGGCAGACGUCGCUUGCCCAGCGCCACGUCUUCAAGAGCAGCAGGGAGAGCAUCGACCCUGAGGACCUCAAGAAGUAUGACUGGUACAAGUCGACGGCGUGCAACAUCAAGGGCAAGGAGCGCUUGGCCAACGAGAUCAUCAACGCGUACGUGCCGCGGGACGCGGGCUACGGGUCCACCAUCGAGCCAGACCAGCGCGCCCUGACGCGCGUGAACACUCGGGAGCACGUGAAGAAGGACUCCGACAUCGCCACGAGCUUGAAGAAGAACAUCAUGAUCGCGACGGUCUUCAACGGCAGCAGGGCGGCUUUUGAAGAGGCCAAGGAUGACGGAGACGUCUGGACGGAUCCCGAGGACGACACCCGCUACCAGUACGACCAGAAGAUCAAGAAGAACACCGACACAAGGAGCGAGAAGAAGACGGCCACGGUGGUUCUCAACCCCAAGGACAAGAAGGAGUUCAUGGGCGCCAUUGCCAACAUGAUGGAGGACAUGGAGCGGCCCGAGUGGAUGAACUUCGAGGUAAAGAACAAGAAGGAGAGGAAGGCCAUCAAAGACGACUGCGCUGACGACACGGACAUGAUGCUAUUGCAGAAUGCCAACGACAGCUUCACGAGCGUGACCCUCGACUUGCAGAGGAUGGCCCCUCAGGUGUGCCGCAUCACCACGAACGAGGUGAUCAGGCGCAUCGCGCAGGAGAGCCUCGACCUCCUCAAGAAAGCGGCGGGGCCGUCCGAGAAGAUUCAGAAGUUGCUGAUGACGGACCCUAACUCCGUGCGCAAGCUCGAGGCCGAGGACGCCCUCAUCGCAGCAGGCAAGAUCUACGAGCAGCUGGCCGAGCUCCACACGCAGCUCAGGGCCAUCGUCAACAACGAUAAGAAGAAGCAGAAGGCCUCCCUCAAGGCCAAGUGAAGCCAGCCUGCG